GCACUGCCAGAGGGCCCAGGGUCAGUAGGGGGCCCCAUGAGAUGCCCCUGGUACCUUUCAUAGGCUUUUUUGGGUUGUGGGUGAGGACACAGGGGCCCCAUGAUCCCUUAUUGCCCGGGGGCCCCAUGAGUUGUCAGUCCACCCCUGGUUCAUCAUGAUGUACCCUGGUUUCCAGGAGUUCCUUUAUAAGGCCAAAAGGGUCUGUGGCCAUUUUAGGUGGUCAUACCCAGCCAGUAUUCACCUUGCAUAUAU